AUGUUGAUCCACCUGGCAAUAGUGUUCUCACUUUUGGCGUGUACCAAAUCUCUAAAUGAAGGAGACAGCUGCACCAAAAUGGAUGGAUCUCCUGGAGUUUGCAAGGCCAUAAACGACUGCCCAUACGCAGAAGAUGACUUUAGAAGGCAUCUUAAACCAAUGACAUGCGGAUACACUCAAUUUGAUCCAGUCAUAUGCUGCGGGGAAUCACUUGUGGUCACCACACCUAAAAUUAGGGGGAGAGUUAGGGGAAGAAAAACAACAACAACAGAGCAACCGAAAGAGAUAGAGUUUUCGAUGGAAUGUGACAAAGCAGAGAGAAGAGGACAGAAAGCGUAUGAUAAAUGCCUUGAAUACCAAGAGAAAUAUGUGUACCCGUGCCGCCCUGGGCCUACCACUGGUAACAUUAGAGUUGACGAGUGCACUCGGAAACCAGAACAGCUAGUCAUAGGAGGAGAAGACGCUUAUGAGGGGGAGUUUCCGCAUAUGGCGCUCCUGGGCUAUGGUAAUGAUAAAUUAGAAUGGAUUUGUGGAGGUGUCAUAAUCAGCGAACGAUAUGUGCUCACUGCAGGGCACUGCACUUACAGCAGAUUUUAUGGCCCUGUUAAGAAAAUCCGAGUUGGUAUAUUAAAACGAAGUGAUGCCGUGGAUUCGUCUAAAGAAUACAAUGUGGUGGCGACCAAGCACCCAGAAUACAAACCACCGAUGAAAUAUCAUGAUAUAGCGUUACUACAGACUGACAGAGAUAUAGAACUUAACAAGUACGUCGUGCCAGCGUGCCUUCAUGACGGCGGCGCGUUAUUUAACAAAAGUGCGAUCGUUACCGGUUGGGGAACGACGGUCUUUAGAUAUAUGGAGCGCACGGAUGUACUCCAAAAGGCAACUGUCGAGGGAUUUGAAAGUGGCGAAUGUGAAAGGAAGUUUAAGGAUAUCCGUCUAAUGUCAAAAGGUUAUAACUCGACAACCCAACUGUGUUAUGGAGAUCGAGUUUCCAACAAGGAUAGUUGUGAGGGAGACAGCGGUGGACCCCUGCAAGUGAAUCACCCAACCGUCCGCUGUAUGUACUGGGUCAUUGGGAUCACCUCCUGGGGCAAAUGGUGCGGUAUAGCUGGCGAACCGGGCAUUUACACCCGGGUGGAACAUUACGUGCCCUGGAUCGAGGAAAUUGUUUGGCCUUAG